UGAGGAUUAGCGCUUAUAGCUCAUGAAAGUCAAAAAUCAGUAUCUCAAAAUAUUAGAAUAUUUACAUUUGAGUUUCAAUUAAUGGCCAUCCCUACAGUAUACAUUCCGGGUAUCUCUUGUUCUUUGAAACCACAAUAAUGGGGAAGACUGCUGACUUGGCAAUGACCCAGAAGACGAACAUUGACACCCUCCAUAAAGAGGGUAAGUCACAGAGGGUCAUUACUGAAAGGUGUGGCUGUUUACAGAGUGCUGUAUCAAAGCAUAUUAAAUGCAAAGUUGACUGGAAGGAAGAAUUUGGGUAGGAAAAGGUGCACAAGCAAUAUGGAUGACCGCAAGCUUGAGAAUACUGUCAAGCAAAGCUGAUUCAAACACUUGGGAGAGCUUCACAAGGAGUGGACUGAAGGGGGGAGAACUUGCAGCAGCAGUCAAGCUGAGGUGCCAACCAGGGGUGCGUUUCCCAAAAACAACUAUGGUCGCAAGUUCCGUCGUUACCAAUAGAGUUCAAUGGAACUAACGACCAUAGUUAGCUAACGAUGCUUUUGGGAAACGCACCCCAGCACAUCUGAAGAGAGAUGGAAUGGUGUUGAUGUUCCAGUCGUGACACCACCACAGCCCACCUUCAGACCCACCAAUUCACCAGGACCUAAGCUUAUACGUACAGCCACCUACACAGUUUUACAGCCUCCUUGUUACAGACAAUAAUUCAAAACACCAAUGACUAUGGAUCAACUCACCACUCAAAGCCCUCCAACCCGUGGAUUGACGUGACAUUACAAGACGUUUUCAUUCAUAGCCAUGGUGAUUUAUAUGGGUCUAGUAGAACUCCCUGCAAUAACCGAUUACUGGCAAGGAGGUAAUCUGUACAAUUUGCCAUUCCCUAAGAAGCUUAUCACCGGGAAGAAGUUUCUUAGGAUCUGCCACUCCCUUCACCUCAGUAGCUUCGUGGACGAUGCUGCUAACGAGCAGAGAAGAGGUACAGCUGGAUUUGAUAGUUUCUGCAAAAUAAAACCACUGUACAUUGAGAUGAGGGAUGCUUGCAAAACAAACUAUCACCCUGGCCAGGAAAUUUCAAAAGAUGAGCGGAUGGUUGCCUCAAAAGCAUGUAUCGGGCUAAAACAGUACAUGAAAAAUAAGCCUGUUCGCUGGGGAUAUAAACUUUUUGUUCUGGCAGACUCAAGCAAUGGGUACACAUGGGACUUUUUUGUAUAUGAAGGAAAGCUGCGGGGAAACAGUGGCAAGGGACUCUGUUAUGAGUCAGUGAUGGAACUGAUUGACACACGGUUGCUUGGCACAGGCUACAAGUUGUUUGUAGACAAUUUCUACACAAGUCCCUCCUUUUUCUGCGAUCUCUUUCAGAAGAGGAUCUGGGCGUGUGGAACCAUACGCACAAACAGAAUUGGUUUUCCAAAAACCAAAAUAAAUAGUCUGGACUCUAAAUCUCCCCGUGGCAGCAUCCGAUGGAUUAGGAAGAACUCCCUCCUCUUUGUCCAGUGGCGAGACACAAGGGAUGUGUUCAUGUGUUCAAUACUCCACACAGCACAUGCAUGGGAUACUGUUCAGAGGAGAGUCAGAGAUGCAGAUGGACACUGGGUGUUGAAGGACAUCUCUAUUCCACCAGCAGUGAAGGAGUACAACCGGUGCAUAUCAGCUACUAUAAAGUCAUCCACCAGACCCAUAAUUGGUACAAGACAUUUUUUAUCACUUUGUGGACAUUGCCAUGGUGAAUGCCUUCCUGCUGUACAAGGAUAUCACAUAAGGUAAAGGAGAGGUACCCAUGCACCAGAAGGCAUUCAGGGAGACACUUGUUGAUGAGCUGGCAGCGGGAGCUGACAGACCUGCUCCAUUGCCCACUCCACACAGAGCACAUCACAAGCCUGUGCAUAUCAGUGGAGACAGCACCACAGGUCGUCUGAGGUGCAGACACGGUCAUGGAAAGACACCAGUGAAGUGCUCUUCCUGUGAUGUGCCGUUGUGCUUUUUGCCAAGUUGGGAUUGUUAUAAUGAGUGGCAUGUUGCCAAUAACCGCUAAAAAAAAUAAAUAGUAAAUUUGUAAAUGGUUAUAAAGUGUGAGAUAUAUAAUGUGUUUUAAUUUAGAAAAAAAAUGAAUACUAUAGCACUUGUUUUGUCUCAUUUUCACAAAGUUUAGUUUCAAGAAUUGAAAAAACACUGUAAUGUGUUUAUGCUUCAGUUACUAUGUGUCAGCAAUUAUUGACUGUGAAUCUGAAAUUGAACAGCUUUAAGUGUAACCUUUCA